UCUCCCCAAAUCUCACUCACUCUCUCUCUCUCUCUCCCUCCCUCCUCUUUGCCUUCAAAGAAAUCAAAAAUUUCAGUGAGGCAAAACACACAAAAUACCUUGCGUGCAUACACAAAAACACACUAGCGCGCUAUGGCUACUCCUUCGAAUAGUUGGGCUCACACAGCCCAAAUACAACACCACCUUUCUUCUCCCUCCUCCUCUUUUUCUUCACUAGUAAACAUGGGCUUCCCGACAAGAUCCAUCGCCUUGAACAGAAACAGAACCAGCACCAUUCACUCAGCUCUCCAGUCUCCUUCAGUUCUUCACUUCCCAAAACAGCCCUACCAUCCGCGAGUAAUUAACAAAGAGGCCACUAUAACACCUUCUCCAAAGCCUAAAACGGUAACUACAACGCAGCAACCUCCACACUGGAAUUUGCUUCAGAGAGCUGCCUCCACCGCCUUGGACAUGUUGGAAGGUGCUUUGGUCUCGCGUGAGAGCCAAAACCCUCUCCCCAAAACCGCCGACCCACGUGUCCAAAUCGCCGGGAACUUCGCUCCGGUGCCGGAGCAACCCGUCCGUCACUCAUUGCCAGUAUCCGGGACCAUACCCGAAUGCAUUAGCGGCGUCUACGUCCGUAACGGCGCGAACCCCUUACACGAGCCGGUCGCCGGCCACCACUUCUUCGACGGUGACGGCAUGGUCCACGCCGUCAGCAUAAAUGACGGAGCCGCCAGCUACGCAUGUCGGUUCACUGAAACCCAAAGACUGGUCCAGGAGCGGGAAAUCGGGCGACCCGUUUUCCCAAAAGCCAUAGGCGAGCUCCACGGCCACUCCGGCAUCGCCCGCCUCGCCUUGUUUUACGCGCGCGGCGCUUUGGGCCUCGUGGACCCCAGCCACGGCAUCGGAGUCGCCAACGCCGGCUUAGUCUACUUCAACGACCGCCUCUUGGCCAUGUCCGAGGACGACAUGCCGUACCAAGUGCGGAUCACUCCCUCCGGCGACCUCGAAACAGUGGGCCGCUACGACUUCGAAACCCAACUCGGGUCCACAAUGAUCGCCCACCCGAAAGUCGACCCGGUGUCCGGCCACCUCCACACGCUCAGCUACGACGUCGUGAAGAGGCCUUACCUGAAAUACUUCCAAUUCUCCGCCGACGGGGAGAAGUCUCCGGACGUGGAAAUCCCUCUGGCGGAGCCCACAAUGAUGCACGACUUCGCCAUCACCGAAAACUUCGUCGUGAUUCCCGACCAGCAGGUGGUGUUCAAGCUGCAGGAGAUGAUCACCGGCGGGUCGCCGGUGAUCUACGACAAGAACAAGAAAUCCAGGUUCGGAAUUCUGGCGAAAAAUGCCACAAACGCUGAUGAUAUAAUUUGGGUUGAAUGCCCGGACACUUUCUGCUUCCACUUGUGGAAUGCGUGGGAGGAGCCUGAGUCCGAUGAGGUGGUUGUGAUCGGGUCAUGCAUGACUCCACCGGACUCGAUAUUUAAUGAGAAUGACGAGUGCUUGAAGAGUGUGUUGUCCGAAAUCCGGCUCAAUUUGAAAACCGGCGAGUCGACUCGGAGGCCGAUUAUUUCGGAGGAGUCGGAGCAUGUGAACUUGGAGGCGGGAAUGGUGAAUCGGAACCGGCUCGGGAGAAAGACUCGGUAUGCUUAUCUCGCCAUUGCUGAACCGUGGCCAAAAGUUUCUGGUUUCGCCAAGGUGGAUCUUUUUACUGGGGAAGUAAAAAAGCAUAUUUACGGAGACAGGAAGUUUGGUGGUGAGCCCUUCUUUCUUCCUUCGGGUUCACGUGGGGAAGAAGAUGGUGGGUAUAUUCUGAGCUUUGUUCACGACGAGAAGACGUGGAAGUCGGAGCUUCAGAUUGUGAAUGCCAUGAAUUUGAAGCUGGAAGCCACUGUGACGCUACCGUCAAGAGUUCCGUAUGGAUUUCACGGCACGUUCAUAGACUCGAAGGACUUGAAAAACCAGGCAUAGCAGUAGCUUGCGAACAUACUAGUGUGAAUUGUUACCGUCUAUGGUUGGUAAAAAUUAGAGGGGUUGAUGAUGAUCGGGGGAAUUUACCAGAGGGAUGGGUUGACAGGUCCCCGGAUUCUCCUGGAGUAUUUAAAACCCUAACUACCAAUUUUGUUUUUGGUAGGCUUUUUAGGCUAUAAUGUUUUGAUCGAUCAGGAGCCAGUUUGUAGCUUUUGGACUGUAUGUACCUUUUGAGCUCAGCUGGUUUAUGUUUCUUUCUUUCUUUCUUCUUCUUCUUCUUCUUCUUCUUCACUAUGCUGUAAAUGGUAAAUAUUUAGAGUUUUACCUUAAAUGGUUUUGUUUCA